GAUUAUUCUCACUCUGCUCUGUCUGCUGAGGGGACAGACUGUCAUCUGCAGUUUUAGUUGUUGCAGCUAGAUGGUGGUAGAUUUAACAGAGCAGUAGCUCGUUUUCUAUUCUUUUACCAUAACUUAAGGGAAUACGUUUCAUGUUUACAACAAAUAAUGCUUUGCUUGUUAAUUUGUUCAAAUGUGUUAUUUGUCACCAAUUUAGAAAUGUCUUAUGCUGUACAAAAAGUACCACAAAAGGUAAGGCUUAAUUCUAAUACCACUAUCAGAGUUUCACAAACCAUUACCUUUAGGCCACUCAGUAUAUUUAAGCCAUGAGAAACCAUGACUAAAGACAUUAGUCAAAGUAUGGACAAAGACUGAGGCCUGAAUUCCGCUGCUGUAGUGUCAUGCCAUUCUCUACUGGUAUGAUGAAAUAGUUAUUGUUUGGAAAGUCUGAAUUUGUUAGUUUCUUUGUUGACGGUUCAGAUCUUUGAUGGUGAAUGACAGACAGUGUUUUUUGUCUCAGUUCCAGUGGUCAGAAAUCAGAACCACACACAAAAGCAUAAUUGUCUUACUUCUGUAUGUCUAAACCAAAGGAAUGGGAAUGGCAAUUUCAAAGGGUCCUGUCGACAUAUGAGUAGGCAGGAGUAAGAAUGAUUGAUGUGAUUUCACACACCCAUAUUUUGGAAAAAGGACCAAUGUGUUGUGGUCAUGCGUCUCAAAGUGGCACUGGAACACCCCUAAUCAUUGAACCCACCUCAUGUUCAGGUGAGAAGAAAGGUCGAUAGAUUGAAAGAGAGAGAGAGAGAUAAGUAUGAAAGUGACGUGGAGACAAAGGAUAAGCCAGGGAGGAAAUUGCGUGAAGGGGGCGAUAGUGGGAGAGCAAGAGGGAUUUGGGGUAUCACACUAAGAGAGGGAGUAAUAGAGUAAAGAAAGGAAGUGGGAGGGAGAGAGCAAAAGACUGACAGGGGAUUCCAAGACUGGAGAGUGAGUACGUUUGUGGAAAGAGGAGGGAGGAUAAGUAUUGAGAAAAAGAGGAAGGGAAGGGAGAGAGGUGAGGCUUGGUUUGAUUCAUGUUGUGAUCAGAGCCAAUAGAAAGCCCCCGUCUAUGUCUAGGAGGAAGCAGAAGUGAGAGUCCAAACCCAGCGGGAGACACACAGACGCACAGACACAGAACUAGGAUACACAGACACAGAAACCCAUUGGCAUCGAAAGAAAGAUUACAGAGAAAGGAAAAAUAUAUUAUUACAUAUAUUAUUAGAUAAUAUAUAUUUGAGAUAGAUAUGAAAUGGACAUGGAUUAUUAAUAAACUCAAAAAUACAGACUCAGUGGAGAGAAACAGGACCACAGACCUUGGGACACUCAACUGACAGUCCACCUCAGCAACCACGGUUGUUCCCAUGGAAACCAACACCAGGAUUCACUCUCCAGGACCGGUAAGGGUGGACAGCUACCCCUAACAGAGACAGGAUUACCCCACUGUCCCGGGACACUCUGGCAAGAGAAUGUUUUGGAGAAUCACUCUCCCGGUCCUACUGGCUGGGGUGCUCUGCGUAGCCACAGAAACAAGGAAGCCCCGCCCCCAAGGCUCCAUCCCCUCACCUUUCAAGACCAAAGGAAACCUGUCAGAUCGUCAGCGCCUGUUGCCGCGGAAACCCGAAGUCCUUUCGUCAAGUCGGGAGGCCCUGGUGGUCACAGAGCGCCGGUACCUCCGACGUGACUGGUGCAAGACGCAACCCCUCCGCCAGACGGUGAGCGAAGAUGGCUGCCAAAGUCGUACGGUGGUCAACCGCUUCUGCUACGGCCAGUGUAACUCCUUCUACAUCCCCCGCCUCAUGGGCCCUAGCUCAAAUCGAGGCCCAGGGUCCGGCCGGAAAAACCACAAUAAGGCCCAGGAGCCCUUCCAGUCCUGUUCCUUCUGCAGGCCGCACCGCGUUACCCAGCUCACUGUUCAGCUGGACUGUCCGGGUCUGCAACCCACCUUCCGCCAUCGCAAAGUACAGCGUGUCAAACAGUGUCGCUGUAUGUCGGUGGACGUGAGUGGUAACGGGAAACUGUGAGGAGUUCUUUGGAACCAUACCAUGACAGUCACCAUGGACACUAAUGUGACAAUGAAAGUUAACAUGAACAUGAAUAGCGUAGACAUGACAGGGGACAAGCUAAUACUUCUCCCUUAUAUUGGAUUAUUCUGCAUCAUCACUUUGAUUGGUCACACAAAAUGAACCAUACAGGUACUGAUAGUACAGAGUGGCCCAGCUAUAAGACCUUUGAUUAUAUGGACAGCUAUGGUGAAACUACAAUGUGCAGACAUAAAUGGAUGCGUAGCACAACACCAACUGAAGCACGGACGUUUCAGUUCAACACAGUCAAUCAUAUAAAACAACUGGGUCCUUCGACUCUCUAGAAGGUCAUACAGGUUGUGAUAUUACCUUACCUAGGGCCAUGGACUGAUGGCCCCUUUCAGCUGGCCGUUGGCUCUAGAAGGGACAUACAUAUAAAACCAUAAACACAGCACCAAGUUCUAGACUGAAAGUGGAGCUCUUAAGCUGUCAUGUUGUACUGUGUUUACCUGGGGGAACUAUCCAGCCAACAAGGGUACAGACUGAGAGAAAGCCCCCUAGCCUGUCUAAGUAUCUGCCUUUGGAUUCAAGAGCCGUCUGUAAAAUAAUUCACACAAACAUCAAGCUAGCCAUUAAAUAAAUUAUAUUAUUAUGUAUAACUGUGGUACUAUAUAUAUAUAUAUAAGUAUAUGUCAAAAGAUAAGACACUAUAAAUAUACAUAAAAUCUAUUUCAUGUGAAACAUCUGUGUGAUCUGAAUGCAAACAAUGUUGUGGCGUUGAAGGAAAUGGUUGACUAACGAUGGUUGAUAAGAACAGGCUCAAGAACUAUUCAGAUAAAGACUUUCAAACUGAUUUAUAUUAAAUAAAUAGUGUUUUAUCAGGAACAAAGGAGUUAUUGGACAUGGGGACAGUCACCGACAGCUCUACAAGGCUCCAACAAAACAUAGAUCAGGAGAGCAAUUCAAACAUACAAAUCAAACAGGAUAUGUCACAUACAGAUUGCAUAUCAUUUUACAUGUAACGUAGAUACAAAAAAUUGCAAAAUUAUUUUACAUCAGUAUUACUCACUGUAUAAUAUUAUUUCAAUAUGUAUAGUGCCUUCAGAAAGUAUUUACAACCCUUGACUUUUUCCACAUUUUGUUG